UUAGCAAUGUGAAUUCCACAUUCAAAUCAAUGGAGCUUUCCAAAAGGUAAGGCGAGUCAACUCACACGUCAUUUGUGUCGCUAUAUAAAAAAAAUGACGAGAGAGAAACGUAAAUUUAAUCAUUCCUCAACAUUUUCUACCAAACCCAAAAAUCAUCAACUCAUUUUCUUCACAUCUUUGCUCUUAAUCAUCUUCUAUUUCGCCGGCGUUUCAAUUUCCAGCAAAACAGCAACAAACACGACGAAAAUGAGCGCCGAAACAAUAAUUAACGAGACGUUUUACAUAUCUCAUGGCUCACCGACGCUUUCAAUCGACGAGUCCCUUCCCGCCAGGCACUUUUUGAAGAGUUGGAGAGAGAAAAUCUUUGAUCUAAAACCCAAAGCUAUCCUCAUUAUCUCUGGUCACUGGGAAACUCAUGAGCCUACUGUUAAUGCUGUUGAUCGUUGUGAUACCAUCUAUGAUUUCUAUGGCUUUCCUGCUCCCAUGUACAAGCUAAAGUAUCCAGCUCCCGGAGCUCCAGAAUUGGCAAAACGAGUACAAAAUCUUUUAACAACUUCGGGAAUAAAGCGAGUACACAUAGACAAGAAACGAGGGUUAGAUCACGGUGCAUGGGUUCCAUUGAUGCUAAUGUACCCUAAUGCUGAAAUUCCUGUAUGUCAACUCUCUAUUCAAAUGAACAAAGAUGCUACUUACCAUUAUAACAUGGGCCGAGCAUUGGCUCCUCUUAAAGAGGAAGGUGUUCUUAUUAUUGGUUCCGGAAGCGCCACACAUAACUUGAGAGACCUCAAAUGGAGUGCUACUGAUCAAGAAGUUGUUCCUUGGGCUGGUGAGUUUGAUAAAUGGCUUGAACAAGCUUUGAUCAAUGGAAGGCAUGAAGAUGUGAAUAACUUCCUAAAGAAAGCGCCUCACGCAAGAAAGGCACAUCCAACACCAGAUCAUUUUUACCCAUUGCACGUAACGUUGGGUGCUUCCGGAGAAAACACGAAAGGGGAGCUCAUACAUCGCAGUUGGAGCCUCGGUACCCUAUCAUAUGCCUCCUACAAGUUCACCACCCCAACUAAAAUUAAUUCUUAAUGUUCAGUGUACUCAAUUCGUUCAGUUGUCAUAUUUCAUUUCAACAUGUAUUAUAUUUUCUCAACUUUGAUUAUAAUGUACUCCGUUUGAUAUUUUCAGUUUAUUUGAUUACAAUCGUCGUGCCUUUGUGUUA